AUGGAAAUUCAUGAAAACAGGACUAUACAGGCUGAUCAACAAUUUGCUACUCUCAAUAAAUCAGGUAUUGACUCAAUGCUCUCCACCCCUGCAACCCUUUAUAUUGAUACUGUUGGUGUAGCUGUUGGAGGUGAGGAUGGAAGAGGUCAGGAGGAUAUUAGAGCUCAGCAGGUUAGAUAUGAUAAAGGGAAAGAUAAAGUAUUUGAAGAAGGGACCUGUAGUAAUGUUGAGAAAGAACCUCCUGAUAAAAGUAUUUUCAAUAUGCUUCAACAGAUUAAUGCUAAAACUAACAACAAAAAUCAAUCUAUCACUGGUAUAUCCCAUAUUGACCAUCAAAGAGAUGUUAACUUUGAUGAGUAUAGAGAACCUGACUCUGAAGAUGAGGAUGAUGUGGAUACUCACUCUUUAGGGGAGGGUAUGGAACCAGGAGAGGAAAUUAACACCUCUGACCAAUUUCAAAAGGAACCUUUGCUACAGUCUUCUAAUAUUGAUGAGAUUAGAGAAGUUACUGGCAAACAGGGCUUAUCACCUAGAGGAAGAAAGAUUGUAAAACAAAAUAAGCUUACUAGUACUAGUAAGCCUAAUACUAGAGCUAGGAGUAGAGGUGAUUUCAAUGUAAUAACUUCUAUUAGUGAGAAACUGGGUGGUAGGGACUAUAAUAUCAAUAAGAGUCUGGAAUUUAUUACUAUCAUUGAGGCUUGUGGUUUAGUGGAUAUGGGAUAUCAUGGACAAAAUUUCACUUGGUGUAAUCAUAGGAGGGAUGGUGCAAGAAUAUGGAAAAGACUGGAUAGAGGUAUGACUAAUGACAAAUGGGUUGAAACAAUGCCUCACUCCAGUAUUACUCAUCUACCAUCUGUUGGAUCUGAUCAUAGCCCUUUAUUGCUGGAAAUAGGUGAUAUACAAUCCAAUAUUAUUAAAUAUUUUAAAUUUCUGAAUUGUUGGACUGAGAAUGAUAAUUUUUUAGCAACAGUGGAAAAUUGUUGGAAGAGAGAAGUUACUGGUAACCCUAUGUGGAUAUUACAUACAAAGUUGAGGAGGUUAACUAAGACUUUGAGAGGGUGGUCAAAACAGGAAUAUGGUGAUGUUUUUGAAAGAGUAAAACAUUAUGAGGAGCUGGUGAAACAGGCUGAAAAUGAUAUGUUCCUCAAUAAUAGUCCUGCAAAUAUUGAGAAAUUGAAUGUUGUCAAUGCUAAAUAUAUUAAGUACUUGAAGGUUGAACAUAAUAUUCUGCAGCAAAAAACUCAUUUACAUUGGUUAAAAGAGGGUGAUGCAAAUACCAAGUAUUUUCAUGCUUUGAUUAGAGGUAAAAGGAAUAGAAUAGCUAUUCAUAAGCUGAUGGAUGAUAAUGGAAAUUGGAUCCAAGGGGAAGACAAGAUUGCCAAACUAGCUUGUGAUUAUUAUGAACAGAACUUUACUGGUAAGGCUGAGAAAAUUAAGGAAGAGAAUCUCCAUUGUAUCAAUAAGAUGGUCACUCAAGCACAAAAUGAUGAUUUAGAUAGAUUACCUGAUGAAGAUGAAUUGAGAAGGAUCAUUAUGAGUAUGAAUCCUAACUCAGCACCUGGUCCGGAUGGUUUUGGAGGAAAAUUCUACCAAACAUGUUUUGAUAUUAUCAAGAAGGAUUUAUUGGCUGCUGUUAACUACUUUUAUAUUGGUAAUAGUAUGCCUAAAUACAUGACUCAUGCCUGCCUCAUCUUACUCCCUAAAGUUGAACACCCCUGUAAAUUAAAGGAGUUCAGACCCAUCAGCCUUAGUAACUUUUCUAAUAAAAUCAUUUCUAAGAUCAUGAGUACUAGAUUAGCAUCUAUUUUACCUUGUGUAGUUUCAGAAAAUCAAUCAGGUUUUGUCAAAGGGAGGAGUAUCUCUGAAAACAUUUUAUUGGCUCAUGAAAUUAUUCAUGGUAUUAAAAAACCAAGAGAUGGCAGUAAUGUAGUUAUUAAACUAGGUAUGGUCAAAGCUUAUGAUAGAGUUUCCUGGACCUAUACUUGUAUUGUGUUAAGGAGAAUGGGUUUCAGUGAAAUCUUUAUUGAUAGAAUUUGGAGGAUUAUGAGUAAUAAUUGGUAUUCUAUUGUUAUAAAUGGGAAGAGACAUGGAUUUUUUCAUUCAAAGAGAGGUCUUAAACAAGGUGAUCCCUUGUCUCCAGCACUUUUUGUUUUAGGUGCUGAAGUCUUUUCUAGACAGCUUAGCCUUCUUUAUCAAAAUCAGUUGUAUAAAGGGUUCCAUAUGGAAAGCAAUGGUCCUAAAAUUAAUCAUCUUAGUUUUGCAGAUGAUAUCAUUAUUUUUUCUUCUACUGAUAACAAUUCUCUUAAUCUUAUUAUGAAGACUAUUGAUCAAUAUGAGGAAGUUUCUGAUCAAAAAGUGAAUAAAGAUAAAAGCUUCUUUAUGGUAACCUCUAAUACUAGUCAUGAUAUUAUUGAGGAAAUUUCUAGAAUUACUGGUUUUAGUAGAAAAAACAGUCCUAUCAAUUAUUUGGGAUGUCCUUUAUAUGUUGGAGGGCAAAGAAUCAUCUACUAUUCUGAGAUUGUAGAGAAAGUGAUCAAAAAAAUUGCUGGCUGGCAUUUAAAGAUUUUAAACUUUGGGGGAAAGGUUACUCUUGUUAAACAUGUCUUACAAUCUAUGCCUAUCCAUACUCUUAGUGCAAUCUCUCCUCCAAAGACUAUUUUAAACAGUAUAAAAAAAGUGAUUGCUGAUUUCUUUUGGGGUAUAGAGAAGGAUGGUAAGAAGUACCAUUGGUCAUCUUGGAAUAAUAUGGCUUUUCCAACUAAUGAGGGAGGCAUUGGAGUGAGGCUGAUAGAAGAUAUGUGUACUGCCUUUCAAUAUAAGCAGUGGUGGGCCUUUAGGACCAACAAUUCUUUAUGGAGCAAAUUCUUGAAAGCCAAGUAUAAUCAAAGAGCCAAUCCAGUGGCAAAAAAAUACAAUACUGGAGAUUCUAUUGUAUGGAGAUAUCUUACUAGAAAUAGGCAAAAAGUGGAAUCUCUUAUAAAAUGGCAUAUUCAAUCUGGUACUUGUAGUUUUUGGUGGGAUUGUUGGUUGGAUAAACCUUUAGCUAUGCAAUGUGAUCAUGUAUCUAGCCUGAAUAACAGUGUUGUAGCUGAUUUUCUUAUAAAUGGUAACUGGAAUGAGAGGCUUCUUAGACAGCAUGUACCACCUCAGUUAGUUCCUUAUAUUCUGCAAACCAAAAUUAACUACCAAGCUGGCAAUAUAGACACUUCUAUAUGGACUCCUACAGAAUCUGGACAAUUUACUAUUAGUUCUGCAUGGGAUAGCAUUAGAAAGAAAAGAAAUAAAGACCCUAUUAAUAAUAUUAUAUGGCAUAAACAAAUUCCUUUUAAAGUAUCUUUUUUUAUUUGGAGAGCUUUAAGAGGAAAAUUGCCUACUAAUGAAAAUCUGCAGAGAAUUGGUAAGAAUCUAUCUGAUUGUUAUUGUUGUUACAAUAAAGGCAAAGAUGACAUUAAUCAUAUUUUGAUUAAUGGCAACUUUGCCAAAUAUAUUUGGAAGAUUUAUUCAUCAGCAGUUGGAGUAUUGCCUAUUAAUACAACUCUGAGAGAUCUACUAUUGCAGUGGAGGAAUCAACAAUAUACAAAUGAGGUACACAAGUUACUUAUACAUAUUUUACCUAAUUUUAUUUGUUGGAAUCUUUGGAAAAAUAGGUGUGCUGUCAAGUAUGGUUUGAAGAAUUCCAGUAUAUACAGAGUACAAUAUGGCAUUUUUAAGAACAUUAUGCAGGUGAUCACAAUUGUGUUCCCCAGUAUACCAUGGCAAACUAGUUGGAACAAUCUUAUUAAUAUAGUGGAACAAUGUAAACAACAUUACAAGAUUCUCAUAGUUAAGUGGAAUAAACCAGACUUAGGCAAAUAUAAACUCAAUACAGAUGGGAGUGCUUUACAAAACUCAGGUAAGAUUGGAGGAGGUGGAAUUCUAAGGGACAAUCAAGGUAAAAUAAUAUAUGCAUUUUCUUUACCUUUUGGAUUUGGAACUAAUAAUUUUGCAGAAAUCAAAGCUGCAUUACAUGGGCUGGAUUGGUGUGAGCAACAUGGUUACAAGAAGAUUGAGUUGGAAGUUGAUUCAAAGCUGUUGUGCAAUUGGAUCAAUAGCAACAUUAAUAUACCUUGGAGAUAUGAAGAACUAAUUCAACAAAUUCAUCAAAUAAUUAGGAAAAUGGACCAGUUUCAAUGCCAUCACAUAUAUAGAGAGGCAAACUGUACAGCUGAUUUAUUAUCAAAAUGGAGUCACAAUCUGGAAAUUCUACAAAAAUUUUAUACAACAAGACAACUUAAAGAACCAAUUAGAGGAAGCUACUUAUUGGAGAAAAUGGGAGUACAAAACUUUAGAAGAAGGAAGCUCAAGAGAAUAAAACAGCCUCCUUAG